UGUUGUAUUUCUUCUAGUUGCUUUUUUCUUUAGAUAGUAUGAGAAAAAUGUUGUUUUCUAUCUCAUAUAUUCAUUAUGUUUCUUACUUUAUAUAGUAAUGUACUAGAAAUUGUUCGCUCUACAUAUUUUGUAUUAGUUUAGCGAGACUAGAAAACAUACUUAAGUUCCACAUCUCAGCUUCAUUGAGGCUUCGCUAAUAAGUUUUUUUUCUUAGAAAGUAAUAUUGAUAAUAUACACUAUAAUAAAGGUUCAAACAAAAUGUCAAGUUCAAAUGCUCAAGCCGGUUGGUAUGAACUACCUUCACAAACACAAAUAUUCAUUGGACAAAAACAAAACUUUGAGAAUAACAAGAAGGAACUAAAGAAGAAGAAAAAGCCCCGUGGUAAUCGGCGACUCCAACGCUAUAGCAGGGAAUGUCGAGCACGAGGAAUGAACGAUCAAAUCGUAAAAAUAUUAUUGACAAUGCAUCAAAUCAAUAAUUUCAUUCAUCAAACUCAUCGGGAAACAGACCACGAUAAAAAGAUGGAUGAUUUUUUAGUCAGGAAUGCUAAUAAGGAUAUUUAAGUGUGCAUGUUCUAUGGAAACCAAGUACGAUCAAAUGAUGAACAAAAAAUAAAUACGAUGUUUUUCUUUUGUAUAGAACCAAGGCAAUAAUUCAUCACCUUCAAGAACACAUCAAAAAAUGAAAAACCAUUACGAUUUACCUACAGAUGAUUGGAAACUGACAUGCAAACUCUUACCAAAUUAUAAGAUCUUGUCUUCCCAUGAAUUCAAACGUUUACUCUGCAAAACUAUCCCAACGGAUCAUUAUCAGAUUCAACAAUGGUUAGCAAAUACGGAAAUGUUACAAUUCUCACAACAACUUGCUACACUCAUGUGUACUUCCUUUCAAUUGAAAAUCGAAGAGGACUAUUGGUACUACAUUGGCAAUUUAAACAUGCCUGUUGUAACUUGGUUAUCAGAAGUAUCGAAAGAUGUAACAGAAAAAAAUUCCAUUAAUGGGGAUCAUUCGAAAACAAAACUAAAUAUUCAAUAUCAACAAAAUCUCAUUCGAAAUAAAUUACAACGACUAGAAAUUAAUUUAUACAAUUAUUUACAACGAUAUUCAUCAUACUUAAAAAUGAAAGAUGAUAAAAUAUCUUUUUAACAAUGGAUGAAUAUCAUAUGCAAUGCUCUUUUUGUUCUCAUGCAAAAUGAUUUGCAUCAUUUCAAUACAAAUUUCGAACAGAAGAAAAUCUUAUUUACGUAUGAUAUCAAUGAUGCAAAUCUUGUCAAAUCAUUCUAUGAUUUAAAUCCAAUAGAAGAAUAGGUGAAUAUUUUAUUUAGCCUAACUUUCUCUUAUUCUUAUUCUUCUCAUAGGUUUAUUCUACUCAACAAAUUUGGCGAUCAAAAUUAAGAGCAUGUGAGAAGGUCAUUAGUCAACAAAAGAAACAUUGGUCAAUGAGUGAUCAAGUUAUGGUUAAAGGAAUAAUUCCAGGUAAUCGUUCAAUAACAAAUAUGAAACAAAAUGAAUUCGACAGUGAUGGCAAUGAUAAAAAGAAUCAAUUAUUAUAUAUGGAAUGCUUUUCUCCUUCAAUGCGUGCUAUUAUUCAAGCUCGUCUCGAUAAUAUCGAACAACGUGCUCAACAAAUUAUAAAAUUUAUUCAUGCUUCGUCUGAAAAAUAA